GCGGAUAAAAAGCAAUUAAAGUGAACAAGGCAAAUGUUCUGCUAUCGCAUUGCCAAAUAAUUCCCUUGACUGAUCAUCGUCGCGAGUUGUGCAUAAUUGCUUAAAGGCAAAACGUUUAACUGCUUUGUUGUUGUUAAUGAAAUAAAAUUAAAUAAAUAAAUAUAUUUAGUAUAAGUGUAUCAACAAUUGUUGUACUGUGUAUAAAGUAAGAAGAGGAAAAUAAAUAGAAUUGUGAAUUUGUGAAUUAAUAUGUGUGCAGCAGCAUUAGCAACCGUGCCAACAAAGCGGGUUUCAAUUCAAAAUACAUACGCACAUACCGACAUAUGCAGCAUUGGUUACUUAAGCCGCUGAAAUGGACAAAAAACAAAAGAAAAAUUUCAAGUGGACAAUCAACAACUAGAACAUUACUCUGUUGCUGAUAAAAAAGCGAAGAGUGCCAGAUUCGCGGGAAAUUCCGAAGGAAACUAUUAAUCCAAUGAAAGCGGUGAUAGCAACCAACCCGUAAACACUUCAUGGCGGCUGCUGAAGAAGCGAAAAAAUACAAAAAACCAUAUAAUAGAGUCACAUCAUAAGUCUUAAAUAUCUGCAAAAUGAACCAUUCCACAACCACGCUCCACAUCGUGACAUUAGAACUGUGAGAGCUGACGUCCCAUAACGCACUCGCACUGCUUUAGAAUGAAAUGGGUGUGCAACAAAUUUUUGGUCAUGGACCAAGAAGAACACUACAAACAACUACGGCAACAAAUGCGACUAUCACACAGCCAUAUCGCUGUGGACUUGCAAAUGCGCCACGGACGCAACUCUGGGAAGCCGAUAUCUGGUGUCAACCGCAAACAAAUCACUACGACAACGUCAACGGCAGCAAAGUGGGCGAUAGCAGCGUCGGCACGACAACGUACGCCUUCACAACCAAUACAACAGAUGCGACUGCAAGUGAAGCUAGCAACACUGAGCCAACAACAACAGCAGCGGCAUCAACGCUCCAUCAGUCAUACCGAUGUAUGCUGGAGCAGUUCGAUGUGGCAGUGCGGCGAGCGCGCUACAAAUGUCAACCAAUCACGAAGUACGCUGCAACGGGAACCACCGAGGUGGCGGAGAAUGACCUUGGUGAAGGAUUUGCGGCGACAAUGGCCGAGCAGUCGGAGACUGGCAGUGUCAACAGUGUGGACGAUGCCAACUGCGUAAUAAAUACUGAAGUGCUGGUGCAACAGCUGCGGCAACCGGUGGUCAAUUUUAAUUUGGCACUAGCGCAGCAACAGCCAUUACAGGGUGAUCAAAUUAGUCAUUUAGUUGAUAGUAUUAAUAUUAGUGACACAGCAAAUGCACAAUGCAAAGCAGUACAAAGGCAAUUGCUAUACUGUGAUGAGUCUGCGGCGGCGUAUGGCAUAUUGGAUGAUGGCACACGAUUAGCGCACGCAGAUGUCGCCAUGUCGCCCACCACAGACAAUGCAAAUUUCGUGGCGAAUGGGGGCAGUAGUAAUGCUUCCAUAGUAGAUGAUUUCAUUUGUUACCUGCGCAUACAAUACGAGGACCUGACCGCACGGCUCGUGCCGUCACCCGCCAACUCAACCACGCAAGCCACAGCUGCAUUAGAUAGUUUGCUGCAACACAAUUUGACUGAUAGCAUAAAUGCCAGCGCUGAAAUCGCUGAAAAUCCACUGAGUAGCACUUGGCAGCAUAUCCUUAACAGCAGUCGCAGUAAAUGGAAUGCCGGCGAUUUGUUGCCACAACUCGGCGCGCAGUUGGUCAAUUCAACAGCUGUGCAAUCUAACUACAGUUGGUUGGCGGGCGCUUAUGAUGAUGCGCUCUGGUCGUGGAAUGUCUUUGAUGAGUUGAGCAAUGACAACGAGUCCGCGCCGGUUAGUGUUAGCAGCAGCAGCGACGGUGGUGGCAGCAGUUCACUAGCAGCGCUGUGGGGACCCCGUAAUCUCAGCAACGACUAUGCGUUGAAUAAUAAGCUAACGCGGCAACAUGAUUACGAGUGGAUAUUCCUUUGUGUCAUAUUCUUCAUAUUUGCCGGUGGUCUCGGCAAUAUUCUGGUCUGUUUGGCUGUGGCACGCGAUAAAAAAUUACAAAACGUCACUAACUACUUCCUCUUCUCGCUGGCGAUAGCCGAUCUGCUGGUCAGUCUCUUUGUGAUGCCGCUGGGUGCGAUACCAGCCUUUUUGGGUUACUGGCCGCUUGGCUUCGUUUGGUGCAACAUUUACGUGACGUGCGAUGUGCUGGCUUGUUCGUCGAGUAUCCUGCACAUGUGCUUCAUCAGUCUGGGACGAUAUUUGGGCAUACGAAAUCCGUUGGGAUCGCGGCAUCGUUCGACGAAGCGCUUGGCUGGCAUUAAGAUUGCCAUUGUUUGGGUUAUGGCAAUGAUGGUCUCGAGCUCAAUAACAGUCUUGGGCCUCGUCAAUAAGCACAAUAUCAUGCCGGCACCGAAUAUUUGCGUCAUAAAUAAUCGCGCAUUCUUCGUGUUCGGCUCGCUGGUGGCGUUCUACAUUCCUAUGCUGAUAAUGCUCACUUCCUAUGCUCUGACAAUACCACUGCUGCGUAAGAAAGCUCGCUUUGCGGCCGAGCAUCCAGAAAGUGAACUCUUUCGACGCUUGGGUGGCCGUUUCACCAUACGACCACAGCACAGCCAGCAGCAGUUGCAACUGCCCAACAACAGUUUCCGCCGUAGCAAUAAUAGUCACACUAGCUACAGCAAAUAUUGUGGCAGCGAUAACAAUCGCAAUUUCAGCGCCAACAACGAUAGAGACAUUAGCGCCACGGGUAACGGCGAUUGCGACAAGCAACAAACGCACGGCUUGCGACACGUCAACACAGCAAACUAUUCGAAUGGUUGUGGCAAAGCGGACGGUGGUGGCAACAACUUUGGCGGUGCGCUCUUCAAAUGCCGCACCAGCUUUCGGCGCAGCGGCAUGCGUCACACUUCAUCGGCAUCGGUGCGCAUUAAGUCGCCAACACGCGACAUUGGCGGCAUGGAUCGGUUGACGCAAUCGCAAUCGGCCCAACACAGCAGCUACUGGCGCACACACGGCAAUCCGAACAUAAUGGACAGCCAUCCCAAUCGACACGCAUCGGUGCGUGUGAGCGCCUCGCAACCGCAAUUGGGUUAUUCUACAAACAGUGGCACGGCGGGAAGCGCUGGCGGAAACGACAAUGCCCUACGAAAGGAUGUCAUUAGCAGCAUCAGCGGCAAUACGGCCAACAACAAUGGCAGUAACAGUGCGUUGCUAUCGAAACAGUACGGCGGCACUUGUGAGCAGAGCACACAGACACCCGAGUCCAUAAUGCGUGAAACACGACGCCACAAGCUGAAAACAUUUAAAUUCUCACUGAAUAAUGUUACUGCGCCAGCGUUGAAUUUGCGCUUCCUGAAUAACCGCAGCAAACGCAAUAGCUUAUCCGCCAAUGCAGUGGCCACCGAACAGAAAGCUACCAAAGUACUCGGCCUGGUCUUUUUCACCUUUGUCCUUUGUUGGUCACCGUUUUUCAUUUUGAACAUCAUUUUCGCCGCUUGCCCCGCAUGUCAAGUGCCCGAACAUGUUGUGGACACAUGCCUCUGGCUCGGUUAUGUUUCAUCAACAAUUAAUCCCAUUAUUUAUACGAUUUUCAAUCGAACAUUUCGCGCAGCUUUCAUACGGCUACUAAAGUGCAAUUGCGAGCGCUCCGGUCGGCCAUCACGUUAUCGCUCCGUCACCGAAGGACGCAGCGCUUUAAGCCUGUGCGCUCCCUCCGCCCUACCGUUGGCCAUUUCAUUUCAAGGUGCACCUUUGAUGACACCAUCAACCACGAAUGCGACACCGUUAAGCGAUUUUCGUGGCAGCUAUACGAUCACAGAUGAUGAGUGUUAA